GCAAAGAGCACGUCGUGAUCAUUGUGGUCGCGCAUUUCUCGAUCACGAUGACGACAUCAUGGGCUUCCUUGCAAGCGCGCCUAGGCUCGACGGUGGAAUACGAACAAUCGGAUGCCGCUUCGGAACUAUUCGAGUUCUGGUUUGGCUUGGCGUCGGAUUUUGCCCAGACGGGGUCCAACAUUGUGCUCAUGCAACGACAUACCCGUCAAGCUCUCGAGAUCAUCUUCACGACGUACUCGGUGCAACGGAUUCGCGAUCCCUCCACCGACCUUUACGCCGUGCGCGAACUCUUCCGCCACGCGCAGGCCAUCUUUGAGAUCCUGCGCACCAAGCCCAAGUUCACUCCGUUGCUCGACCCGUUGCUCCUAGACACCGUCCACGACGCGAACGUGAACGCCCUGAGUCUGCUCCUCGUCACAACAGGCGUGCAGUCCCUUGAAGUUAUUGCUUAUGGUGACAACAUCCAUGCCGGCGUCCGCGUCGACGCCUUGUCUACCCUCGAGAGCAUCUUGGAGUUGUGGGAGUUCCUGGCCGCUGGGCCGUGGGCACACGUGUACUCUCCAUCUCCCCACGCAUCAUCUUCGUCUGUCUUGACGUUCCAGCUGGCGCACCUGGCGCAAACCAUCUCGUCCGUCUCGACCGACUCGAUCGUGCGAGAUGCCGCCCUCGUACUCAUCCAGCACAUCGCGCGCUUCGACAAGACAUACGCGCCGGUCAUCGCGCUCAGCCGCGUCGCGCGGGACGUGCUGGCGCUGUCGCCGCUCUGGUCCAUGGGGGUACUGGCGUCGUCGGUGGCCAUGGAGCACCUCAUGACCAAAGUCGUCGCCACCUCCAUCGACCACGCGGCAUCGAAAGCCCUCUUUUGCACCGCUGUCAUGGAAUCGCUAUACGAAGCGUUGAUGAACCACCGAUCAAGUCGCGAGUGGACAUUUGACGCCAAGCUGUUUGAGACCAACCUCACGCAUCUCUUCCACGCGUGCCUGCACACGUUCAAAAUGCACCCCAAUGAAGGCAACCGCGUGGUGCUCCCGGACGCAUACCUUCAUGCAAUGGAAAGCGUGCUACUCAACUACCCAGACUGCGUCGGCAUCGUGCAGUUCGCUCUGGAUGCCAAUGAAUAUGGCAUGUUCGUCAUGAUCAGCCGCACGUCGCAUGUGUUUGCCGCGAGUGUCUGGACCGAUCUCAUCCUCCCGUUUGCCAGAACGCAACUGGCGUUGUUGCCGCUGCAAGGCGUAUCUGGCAACCAGCGGGACCAAGAGAUUGUCAAUCUCAUUCGAGAAGCGUGUCGGCUGUACUACCUUAACAUCGACCGUGUGCCACCUCCGUCAUUGGGUCGAAACAUAUUUAUCACGGUCACCCAAGCCAUCCGUCACGGGUACAUUGAAACGGAGCGGUUUACGGAGAUUUUGGCGCUGAUUCUCCAUCGGCACUACUCGAUGGGCCAUGUCCAAGUGUACCAGUGGAUUCCCACGCUCUUGUUGCCAGAGGUGGCGCAUAACCACAAGACACGCCGGGCGCUUGUUGAAGCCCUGCUCAUUGCAUUGGGCCUCCAAAAUUCAGCGUUUGGCCUCGAAAACGCCAUCAUAUCGGCGGAAACCAGCAAGGCCAUCUCCGAUGCGUUUUCCGUGAUCGUUGCCAAGUUGCGCAGCGGUCCCGCCGACAUGCUGUGGCAGGAAAUUUGCUUGAAUUUCGGCCAAUUCGUGCUCGAACAUCGACCUGCCUUAUCAGCGCUCCUCCAUUCCAUCAAUCUGGAACUGGAUGCGUGUGCGAUGCGGGGGGUUAUUGGCGUGGACCGGCUGGAGUCACUGACGGAGCUUCUGUACGCCAUGUCCACGCGCAUCGACUCGACGGAUGCAUUCGCGGUGGUUCAGCUCUCCCUCCAACUGAUCCAGCUGGGCGCGGGACCCUCCACGGCCAAUAUGUUUGAAGGCACCCUCGUCAACGCAUUCAACUUGAUGUCUGAAAAGGACUCGCUCGACUUGAUAACGACGGAGUUGGCGCUGAGCAUUUGCGGCCCGCGAGCCCGCGCGGCGUUGGCGCGCUAUGUGCCGCACAUGUGCUUGGAGGACGUCGACCCGACCGUGCGCCAGGCCGCGCUUCGCUUCAUACUGCCCCAUCCGGAUCUCAUCCGGACGCACUCGCUCGCGGUGAUUCGGUCGCUCUACUGGAUCCACCACCCCAUGUUCAAAGCCGAAGAUGCAUCUGCGACGCUGUGUGUCGACCAACUCGCCCUCGCCACCGAAGCCUGCCCCGUGCUGGUGGUGCUGGCUGAAGUGGCGCCGCUGUACGUCAAGGAGUGCGUGCUAAAGCUGCUUAGCGCCGCCAACAUUAGUGCCGUCAACGACCCUUUGAACGAAGCCAAGUUCAUUUCGCCACAUUUGGAUGAGGUGGCCAUCAAAGUGCCUCGCAAUGCGCUGAUUCGACUUGUGCUCAGUCCCGCAGGCAUUGCGUUGCUCCCACUGCUUGUGUUUCUAAGUGCCAAAUGGCAGCAGCUGGUUCAAGAGAUGGUGCAAAGCGGGUUCGUUGUUGAGUCCACCGAUAUAAUCGGCAGCUCUUCCCAGGAAGCGACGGAGUUCGCCAGUUUGGAUCGCAUGGUCCGCAGCAGUCGGCGGGGGGCUACCCCUCGCUCCUUUCAAUGCACCGCCCAAGGCCGCGACACCCUCGCGCAGCUCUUGGGCGCCGAGUACGCCGACACGGCCCAAACUGUGCCUUCUCGAAACCAACUGCAUCAGUUGAUUGUGGUGGAGCAUGACAAGGGCGGGUUCAUGAAAGCGCUUCGACUGGCCAAUACCAUGCGCGCGUGGUACCCCGACGACUACGUCCAACUAGGCACCCACACCCUCGUUCUCGAGACGUUAUUACCCAAGGUUAAGGACACGCACUUCCCUCCCUUGUACUCGAACGGGUUCACCACGGCCACGCUGGACGCGUUUUCGAUGUACUACCGCAUCAUGCACGAAGUCAAAGUACGGUGCCCCGUACUUCUCUUGGAAUACUCUUGUAAUGCUUGAUAAGCAUUGAUUUUGAUCAUAAUUGCUCCAUAUAUCACGAUGAAUGGGUCAAUCGUUUUCAUGUCGUAGCUGCUGUUUCCCGUCGAAGCUGAGACGGUGCUGCACCUGUCGUCGCUGCUGGAUGCACUUUGCCUGGCAAAAUUGCACGAAGUGGUCGCCGUCUGCGGCCCCGACGCGGCGCGCUCGUGGAUGGACUUGCAUGGGUUCCACUCGGCCGCCGCCACAGCUAUCCUGACCGCCGCAUCCGUGACCAAACCGUCGGUGUCGACUAGCACUACUAGUCCCCUUCCCAUGGCGGCGCUGGUCCAGCCGUCUGCGCCAUUGUGGGCUGAAACCAUGCUGCAUGUACUGGAUGGCGACUGGCCUGCCGUCGCGCUGGACGACAUCACCAUUGUCGAAUAGAUUUAUAGUUAUUAAAUACUAUAUAUAUUGUGUGUUCUACUCAAAA